UGGGCAUAAGUCGGGUCGGGUCGGUUUGAGGCCCAAACCGACACCGAUUCAUAGUUGUCGGUUUUGGAUUUUUCAGGACCGAAACGGGUUGUAGAAUGUAAUGGACCGAACCUUCGGUUGGGCCGAAUAUUCGGGUCGGGUCGGGUCGGUUUCGGGUUAAACCGAUUUAGAGUUUUUGACCCAUUUUCGAGGCCCAGUUCAUUAAUAUUUCAAUUUCCCUGCUUUGUAAGACUUUUUCUGGGGCAUUCUAAAGGCCCAUUUAUGAACACCUAAGAUUUCAACAAAAUCCAAAUUUCAAAAGUGCAGCAGCAAGACAAAAUAUCAGAGUGCAUCAACCUAACUAAAGACUAAAAGUGCAGCAAGCUAAUAAAACUCCAUCAACCAUACUAAGAAAAGUCCACCAUCAGUUUGAAUCCUAAUAAAAGUCCAUCAUCAAGAACAAAUAAAAGUAUUUAAACCAAUCAAAUAAAAAUGCAGCAACUUAGUUUGGAACAGGCAGCUGCUUUCACCCAUCACACAGUCUCUUCGAGUAGAUCACCAAUAUUUGUUAUACCAGAAUCUGCAUCAUAUUCACAAUAUCAAAUUUCAAGUUUUCAACAAUCAAACAGAACACAAAUUUUAAAACGACAAGAACAAAACUGAAGUAAUUUACCUGCUUCCAUCUUUUCAAGCUCGGCGUACUGCUCCAUUUCAACCCUAAUGGGCUCCUUGAACAGUGGCUUACUUGUAGCCCUUAACCAAUCACUUGAGCAAACAAGUGCCUCAACCAUUUUAGGGGUCAAACUUGCUCUAAAUGGAUCAAGAAUCCUUUUUCCAAGACUGAAGGCGCUUUCACUAGCUACUGUUGAUGCAGGUACAGCCAUAACAUCUCUUGCAAUUUGCGAUAGAAUGGGAAAUCUAGCACAAUUCUCCUUCCACCAAUCCAACACUUGGAAGCUUGGGUUUGAAGGGUCCUCCGAUGGCUCCAGCAGCAUAGCUGUCGUGUUCAACCAAUAUUGCAGUUUCAGCAUCAAACUUUGGCUGAGUUGCAGAGAUAGACGCUUGUGCCGCCUCUGGAUCAUUUUCAGCAUACUCAACGAAGAGCUGCAGAAACAUGCUCUUUACUUCAUUCACCAUCGAACCCACCAAGGACUUGUCUUGCUGCAGUUUUGGGAAAAAAUAUUCCAUGUACAGCAGCUUGUACCUACAAAACAUAAAACAGUGUAAAACUGGAAAAAUAUUCCAUGUCCAGCAAUAUAUCAAGUACCAAAAUAAAAACCGUACCUUGGAUCCAACACCACAGCUAUCAAAAGGAUUUUGUUAAGCUCUUCAAGCCU